CCCCGAAGAGUGGAUGAAGCAAGAGGAAACGAGUGUGUGUCUGUUUCUGGGUGUGCGAGGGCGCUUCGCCUUCCGAGCGGACCCGGCCUUGCUUUGGGCUGGGUUGACACGGAGGAAGAGGACGACGGUAGGGGUGGGGGUUAAGCGCGUGACGGGGCGAGCACGUGCAAAAAGAAACUACACAGAAACCAGUUAGCAACCCAGAAAGAGUAGUUGCAAAGAGGAAGAAGCGACCGGCCGAGGCCUUUGUCUAAACCAGCGUGGUCCAUGACAAUGAGAAUUUGGUUGCUACUCAGUGCAUGGGCAAAUGUUCAAGGUUCUUAAGUGGACCUGACAAGCAUAUGAGACUGUCUCCCCAAACCUCCUCAACAUAAGUAGAAGAAAUGAAUCUUGAAAAUGAUGGGGCAACAUCUAGCUCUAUAUUUGCCUGGAAUUAUUUUCUGUGGGAAGUUCGUUUGGCACUAGUGGCCAGUGGCUUCUUUCUCUACUUGGGAAUAUUUUGUUUUUCACAUUUUUUAUCUUCAUGGAUGAGUAUCACUUACCGCUCAUUACCAGCGAAGGAGAAAGUCUUUUGGAAUCUGACUGCUACACGGGGCGUGUUCGGCAUUCAGAGUUGUGUGGCUGGCUUGUGGGCUUUAUUUCUAGAUCCAGUUUUUCAAGCUGACAGGGUUUAUUCCCAGCAGGACUGGAGUUGGUUCAGUUGCCUCAUAGCCUCUGGGUUCUUUUUGCUGGAAAAUGUAGCUGUUCAUGUCUCUAAUUUUGUAUUCAAAACAUUUGACUUAUUUGUAGUUGUUCAUCAUUUUCUUGCUUUUGGUGGUUUUUUGGGUCUGGUGACCAACAUAAAAUCUGGACAUUACAUACCUUUGAUGGGAAUGCUACUUGAGAUGAGCACACCUUUCACUUGCAUGUCUUGGAUGCUUUUAAAGGCUGGCUGGGCUAAUACUUUCUUUUGGAAGGCAAGUCAGUGGGUAAUGAUCCACAUGUUUCACUGCCGCAUGAUCCUUACCUACCACAUGUGGUGGGUGUGUCUUUCCAAUUGGAAUGCUGUGCUGGAAAAUCUGGGACUCUUACAUUUUAUUGUUGUAUUCACAGGAUUGAGUGCUGUUACUUUCAUACUUAAUCCCUACUGGACAUACAAAAAGACUCUUCAACUUUCUUGUCCUGUUGACUGGAAUUUUAGUGAGAGAACAGUGAAUAAUGGUUCAUCCAUGAAACUAAAUGGGAAAGCAUUCCAGAAAAAAGGGCUAUGAUACUGACUUGGGACCUGGUCAGAAAUAUAUAAUAAAGAUAGCUGGGAAUAUGAAGCUUUGCCUAUCAAGAGAUCUAGAUUACUAGUUUCUGGUAGUGUUACCAAAAUUAAAUAAUGGGAAUAUUAACCUCGUGUAAUAAAUGUUGCAGGGGAGUCCUGAAUGUUGGGCAUUCUUGGUCAUGUGUAGGAAUAUUCUGUAAACCAGCAAAAUGCAGGGAACAAACUGGUUGUUCUGUCUGACUUUAGAACCUGCAUUGCUGCUUCCAGGACUUGCUACUUUGAACAUGUUGGUUCUAGGACAGAUUACAGUCUAGAAAGGAUUCUAGGUCUUGUCUCAAAGAAUGACCAAGACAAGUGAUGCAUUCCUAUUUCCCAUCUAAACAAUUUAGAAUUGCACCAUCUUCCUGUAAUUCCUCUUCACAUAUAUAUGAAUCAGUGUCUAUGUAAAGUUUCCCACCUCCUCUAAUGAAUGCCAAAUGCCAGUCCAGUUUAACAUCAGUGCUAGAACAUGUAAAAUAUAAUUUAGCUUGGAGAGUAGCCGAACAUUCAAAACAUGGUCAUGACUUGGGUUAAACAUUUUAAAAAAAUGUUUCUUUCCAGUGUGCAGUAUUCUGUACUGAUUAGUAGAAAAGCCUGUAUACCUUAACAUUAUUCCAAAUACAUAACAAACUCAGGAAAGCUGCUGUUUUGUAAUUCCAUAAUGAGAAAUAUUGAAGGUGGUUGAGCUUUCAGCUUUUCCCAUCCUCACGUUUUGGACAGAUAAUUUAUAAAAUCCUAUUAAAACAAGUUCUGUUGUGUUAAUCCCAGGCCCUAAAAUCCAACAUCAGCUUGUAAUCUUAAAAUAGUUCUCAAAGCCCAUCACUUUAAAGGAAGCAACCCUAUAGCUGUUCCAGUACAUUAAAUAUUGUGUAGAGAUUGCUGAAACCUAGCCUUAACUUAGUAUUUCAAUGGAAAGUUGUUGAACACUGCCAUCUAAUGGCAGCUGUGAAAUAUAGUUACCCAUCUUAUUUUAAACAAGCACGCUAUAAAAUUACCUAGAAUAUGCACUAUCUGUAAAAGAUAAUACACUGAGUUUAUUUAUUCUUUUAAUAUAAGUAAUACAGAAUACAUGAGAAUCUGAGAUUAAUGUUAUAUUCAAGCUCAAUAUGCAAAAAUAUAAUUGAAGUACUGUUUGAAACAUAUCUUUCUCUGCCAAAUCCUGGUAAAAUUAGUGAAAUUAACUUAACUGAGGCAGUGGUAAGACUGUACAGAAUUUUACGGCUAAAGUUUUCUCCAAAUUCUCCUAGUUUUUCCCUGUUUGAGAAACAGAUAUUAAUCACAGUUGUGAAAGUUAGGCAUACAAGACAUUUGCUCUAGUCAUUACUUGGAAAGAAUAACAGUUCAGAGAGGCAAACUUUUGCAUUAAAAUGCCUGUAUAGAAACUUGCCUUGAACUUCUGUAGUUAACCUAUCAAUCAAAUCUUUGUUACGGUCAUAGACCAGCAUAAUAGUUAACCUAAGUUAAAGUAGUAGAAUCUUAAUUCAUCUUCCAGAUUCUUAGUUCUUGAUAUUUUGAAUUGUAGCAUAUUUCUAGCUAAAAUGUUAGUGGGAGCGAUGCCACUAAUUGACUUUUCUUGGCCGUUAUUUGCAUUAUUUUGAGUAGUAGCACACCGUGAGAUGAGAAAUUGAAAAUCUUCAUUCUGAAGAUGAUUGUGACCAUACUUACAGUUGUCUUAUGUCAAAAACAGACUCUGAAAAAGGCUACAUGUCAUUAAUACAGUUGGGGCAGAGAACAGGGUCAGAAUCCAAUCAGGGACAUUUUAGACUUAGUAGAAUGUUCUCAUUGGUACAUGAUUCCUGGUGGAGGAUAACCUGGCCAUCAUGAUUUUCUGCAUGAAGGGUUUAAUCACAUCUUCCUUGGGCUCUGGGCAAAAUGUAGGUCUUCCCAGUCAUAAUGGUGAGCAUUUCUCUAAUGAAAGAAGCAUAAGUAUUUGCUUGUGAUCCCUCAAAAGGUUAGUGAUACCCUUUUGAUACUGAAGUCAAAGUUUAGUGUUGUGACCAAGAGACUGUGGAUCACUUUCUAGACAGCAGAGGUUUGCUGGCUGCCUGUUUUUAAUCAAAGUAGCAAAGUUGCAGUUUGCACAAUAAAAAAUGUUUGUUAGCCAUUUGCACCUUGCAAAAACGGAAGCAAUCAAAUGGUAGACUGUCUGUUGGCCACUGGAAAAGUUGCAUACCUAUAGUAUCUAAUAUUUUCUUACAUUUCUGUUAAGUCUGAAAAACUUGCACUAUGUAUGAAAUAAUGUCUAAUGCUUGAUCUAGUAUCAUAGGAGUAAGUAAACAAUUUCAGAUAUAUUUGAUGUUUAACCCAUAGUUUAGGUGCAUGUGCAGUGGCUGCUGUUUUAAAAAAUGGGUUUAAUUUUUCCAGUUCACUUUUGCUAAUGUAUAGUUUUGGACCCUUAAGCUUGUCAGUCUUUAUUAUCUCAGUUGCCUAUUCUAAAUCAGAGUUUGGUUUAUGUUUUUUUUUUUUUUCCCGAUUAAGUCAGUACUGUGGUUUAGUUGAGAGUGCUGCUGCUAAUCUAGAUUUUGAUUAGAAUCCCUCUCUCUCCUGAAUAUGUCAGUUCUGUUCUGUUCCAGAAGCGAUCAGGCCACACAACCAUUACAUUUGAUUUAAUUUAAAUCUUGUUAAAAUUAUAUUCAAUUAAAAAGAUUACUUCUUAUGUAUAUGUAACAUGUGUGUAUGUAAUAGUUUAUUCCAUUGUCAUAUUCAGUAUUUGGUGGCAACCUUAGGGGCCUCGGGCACCACACCAAGGAAUGGAUGGGUGGAACUUGUGCAGUGUUGUGAUGUUAUGCAAUCUUGUGAUUGCAGGUUAUGCACUCCUGACUAAGAUGGUGAAGAUUUCUAUUACAAUGGUUCUGUGCUGCUUAGCACCGAAAUAAGUAGGUCCAAGUAAUAGAAAUGGGGAUUUUGCUGGGGCAGUUGGACAAAUUUGCACCAGAAACAAGAAAUCUGGUUUUUUUUCCCCCCUAACGGUAUUUUUUUAAAAAGUAGAAUGAUUGGGAUAGAGUAUCUUUUUUAAAAAGUAGAAUAGCUGAGAGAGAGCAUUUUUUAAAAAAGAAUAGUGGGCGUAGGGGAAUGAGCAUAGCUUGGGGAUCUGCGGUAGUCUAAUAAUAAAAUCACAUAUGUAAAUAAAUUUUCAUUUUUUUAUUCAAAUAUGAGAACUGAACUAGAUGUCAUACGGGAAAUGUGUUUCAGCCAUAUUUUGCUCUUAAUGCUAAGUAGUUUAGCCUUUUGUAAAUACAUCCUAGCAACCCCAAGUUGUUUUUCAUAGAAGUGAUCUUCAAAACAAGUUUCAGUAUGAAGAAAAGUCAUCAUAGGUACUUUGUAAUGAAGAAUAGUAAAGGGGGAGGGGAAAUCAAACACUCUUCUCUCUAAUUGCCCCAUGAGGUAUUAUAAAAUGUAAUUUACAACUUUCCCACCUGGAUAAUACUGAUAAAGCUGAAUAUGAGACAGUUUACCUGUUGUAUUGCCAUGCUUUUAUUCUUCCCUACGUCUCCUGAUGCAGUUAACAACCAAAAAUUAUGUCGUUUAUAUUCAUCCUGCCAAGUUAUGUAUCAUCUGCAAAUGGAGGAUAGCUGCUUCCUAAAAAUAAGAAUGUUAUUUUUAAAGUAAUUUAUGCAGCAAAUGUAUUUGAUAUUUUUUUUCUUGCUCCUCCAUAGUUGAUUGCGCUAAUAAAUCUAUUGCCGAGGAAGGAAUGCUCUCUUUCAGUGUUGCUGAAUGUAGUUUAUGUUUCAUUGUACUGUCUAGUUUGUUUCAAUCAAUGUAAUUUAUGUUUCAUUGUACAUACUUUCCAAAUCUGUCAAUGUGCUCACCAUCAUUCUAUAUGUAUUUAAUUCCUAAAUACGUUGCAUUCAUGGUUUGCACUAAGUAAAAAAAAUUAGGCUGACCAUAGCUCCUGGAAUUGGAUAACAGACUACUUACUCUUCUUCCGUGAUCUAUUUAUGACAGCCUUACCAACCUGGUAUGGUCCAGUUAUAUUAUGACUGUAAAUCCCACACCAUGUGGCCUGAGUACAAACAUUGUAUUUCCACACUGGACUGUUUGGGAAAACAAGCAACAAAGUUCUCAGUUCACCAUGUAAGGAGCUUCAGCAGUUCUUUUUAACUGCUUCUCCUGGCAAAGGAAAGCCAGCUAUCAAGUUCAAACCAAAAUUCUGGGAACUAUUGGCUUACAGUAAGGAUGUGGCAUGUCAAGAAUAGCAUACGUGGGUGGAGCUGGGACCUAUUUGGGGAAGGGGUUCAGAAGUUUUAAGAGAAAUUUUUCUCCUUAACACCCCCUCCCAUGUAAAUAGCCAAAAUCUUUAAUAUCACCCACAUGGCGGGGCUUUGAGGAUUGCAAAAUGCAUGCCGAUGGGUUUUCAUGUCCCAGCAACAGUUUUCAUGUCCCUGUGUAGCUUAUAAAGCAGUAUGUGAACACACUCAUUGUGUCCAGAGGAGCUCCUUCCCCAUAGAAAUCCACUUUGGCACUUAUUUUAAUCUCUAAGUAUUAUGCGAAGACCUUUUUAUUUUAUUUCUCCAGACCUUUUAAGUCUUCAUCAUUUAGAAACUGCAUUAAAAAUUAAAAUCUAUAUUACUUUCUAUUUUUAGUAUAGUGGUUUAUUUCUGAUAAGUGUUGCUUCCCUGUAUUAAAAAAUAUAAUUGUUAUAAACUUCUAGAUCUCUGAUUUAAAAUGAUUUAUUUUGAUUUCAUAAUUCAGUAUUUUGUUUUACUCAAUUGUUCCAUUGAAGCUGUGAUUUUUAAAACUUAUUCCCUAUACUAACCAGACAAGUACAGCAUUAUUGCCUUAAAUAUUUUGUCAGUGGUAUGCUAGCUUCAAUUAAUCUAUGUUAAAUCAAUAACCAUGCAGUAUCAGACCAAGAUUAAAUUAAUGCAGAAUACUGGGA